AUGGAACAGCAGGUGCCAGGAAUCAAGGCCCUGUCCUAUGCCGAUGACAUAGGCCUGGUAGCCCAGGGAAGCUCGGUCUCUGAGAUCUAGGCCAUCCUAUUCUCUAGGGCCACCAGCAGGGAACAUAAAAAUCAGGUCCAGGAAGCUAGGGUGCAGGUAGAAGACGCUUUAGUGGCAUUCUCCCCAACAGCCAUCCGGUGGUUAGGGGUCUUACUAGAUCCAAAGCUUACCCUCAAAGCCCACUAUAAGUACCGCCUGCAAAAAGGUCAAAAUACUGAAAGACGAGUGCGGGCACUGUGCAAGGCCCAGGGGCUCCCCCCAGGCCUGGCAUGGCGAAUCCAAAAGGCCACCGCGCAGUCAGUGGCGCUUUAUGGGGCCGAGCUUUGGUGGCAUGGGCAAAAGAACUGCCUAGAAGGACUGCAGGGCCUAAUUAAUAACCAGGCCCGGGCAGUCACAGGCAUGCUGAAGUCCACCCCGUUAGGACCACUUAUAAGGGAGGCAGCUCUGGAACCAGCAGAGGCCCUAUUAGAUAGUAAACAGCGGCGGUAUGCCCUGAGACUCCUAGGACUUCCCCAGGGGCAUCCAGCAGCAGAAAUACUCCCUAUAACGCUUAGGGAGGGAGACGCCCAUGCACAGCCUGGAGAGCAGCCACUAGAAGACCGAGCUUGGGCAACACCAACCCGCCGAGGCCCCUGGAAGCUGGGCAUGGGCCUGGCCCGCAGGCUACGAGAGGCCUUGACCGCCGACCCCUCCCAGGGCUUUGAGCGUACAAUAGAGCCUGGUAAUAGGUCUAUACCACUAGAUUUCAGGAUAGACUCCCCUGAAACCGCUAUGCAAUUAGCCUCAGACCCCCUAAGUGGGAUAGGGAACACCGACCUUUACUCAGACGGUUCUAGGUUAGACGAUCAGCGCGUAGGCGCUGCAGUAGCUUAUAAGCCACUUAUUGGCCCCUGGAGGUCGCGCCUAGCUCCCCUGGGCGCAGGCUUCGAAGUCUUUGAUGCAGAACUAAUAGGAGUAGUCGAAGCCCUAGAGUGGGCGCUGGCAGAGAAUCUUAUAGGGCCAAUUAGGGUGUUUUUAGACGCCCAGGCCGCUAUAAGCAGGCUCCAGCAUACCCGGCCUGGCCCAGGGCAAGCCCUAGCGCUGCGGGCACACGACCUAGCCGGGGAACUACAGGCCACCGGCCGCAGGGUUACCAUAUGCUGGGUGCCAGGCCAUAAAGGGGUCCCAGGCAACGAGGAGGCCGAUAAGGCCGCUAAGAAAGCUGCAGGGAGGCCCUGUACAGGCAAGUACUCAGGCAUCUCACUGGCCCAUGCCCGGCGGGCAUGCACCGAGACUUAUAGCGCUAUCAAGGCCAACUGGCUCACUGCAAAGCUUGCAAGACGCACCCAACAGGUAGGCCAGGCCUACCAACCCCCCCGGGGAUGGAAGCUUGACCCAAUAGUGGCAAGCACCCCCAAGCACCUGGCGCGGCGGUAUUACCAAUUCAAGACCGGCCACACCCCAAUCGGGGCCUAUCUGCACCGAAUCAAGGCCCGAGACUCCCCUAAUUGCUUGGGGUGCUCUAGGGGGACUGAGACGGUAAGACACCUUCUUACAAACUGUCGACAGUGGUGCCACCAGCGGGAAAAACUAUAUGCCGGCUUGGCCGAAGCGGGGGUAAAGGCCCCGCAGGAUAGCGAGCAGUGCCCCGAAGCACGCCUAUUCCAGGACCCAAAGGCCACUACAGCGCUGCUGGCGUUUAUAGGGGCCAUUAGGGAGCGAGAGGAUAACCAACAGGCCUGGGAGCAGGCCUAUAAGACUGAUAAUUGGGGCAUUGAGGCCCUGGAUGAGGGAGAGCGAGAGGGGGAAGGAUAG